GAGGCAGGGAGGCAUCUGAUUGGUUCUUUCCAAGCGGACCGCGAGGCAGUGAUUGGUAGAUGUUUUUACAGGAUUACAGCAGCUACAGUUGACGGCUCUUUUCCGGUCCUUUUUCAGAGCUCAUCAUUAACGGAUCGCUGUCGAGACGUAAAGACCAUUUCAACCAUUAUAACAAAUAGUGUAGACUGGAGAACAUCCUCAACCCUGCCUUUAAUCAACAACUAUUUUGAUAAUCAAUUCAUCUUUAACAUUAUUUACCCACUACGAAAACAAGCAUUCCCUAGUUACAUCUUCUCCGAUUUCAGGAGUCGCUGUUUUCUUUUGUUAUAUAUCAUUGUAAACUAAAUACCUUUAAUUUCUGCACUGAUGCUCCAGGCUCCAGCCUCCACCCCAUUUAUUGGUUUCCUGUUACAGGCUAGAGAGGAGGGGGGUCGGUCUCCUGUGGGUUCCUUCACCCUGAGAGCCGGGGCCGCUCAGCUCCUCACCUGCAGUCAAAGACCUAACUCAGCUGUAUCCCACAGAUCAGAGUCUGUUAAGACCUCCAUUCAGGUGACAUGGAGAUCGGAAGCAUCUGGAAACGCGAAACCCAUUCAGUUCCGUGCAUCCUUCGUACACAAUUACACAACAUUCUGGGUUGAUGUUAGGAGUCAUGCCAUGAUCUUUACUAAUGACAGCACUGGUGGAUCCACAAGUCUCCCCACUACUCCAACAACAACCAGUUCCACCAAUACUCCAACAACAAUACAUCAACCUGCACCACCUGUUAACAGUAUCUCCAGUGCAGAUUGCGGUGUCACCAAGCUGUGUUUCAGUCAGCCUUCAAACUGUGACCCUACUGCCAAUGCUGACUGCUAUUUCAUGUCAGCCAUGAUGUUAUCUCCUACUGAUGCAGCCAUCCGCUAUGAGAUGACAGGUCCUUCUGAUGGAUACAUCUCUUUUGGAUUUUCAGAUGAUCAGAUGAUGGGAAACGAUGACAUUUACAUUUGUGGCGUAGGCAGUGAUGGCCUGGUGCGGCUGCAGCAUGCUCUUUCAACAGGACGAACAGCUCCACAAGCUGUUCCUUUGGGGAAUGUUUCUGAUAUAAGAGCGUCGGUACAGGACAGGGGGAUCAGCUGCUCCUUCAUCUCCAUGAACAUUAUUUCUCCUCAGAGGACCAGUGGCAUCAACAAAACCUACCAUAUCAUGUUUGCCCAUGGACCCAGCACCAAUGGACGAAUCUUGUUCCAUACAGGAACCUUCAUCAGCACUGACAAGGUAGACAUUUCCAGACCUGGGCUCAUCAGAAAAGCUGGUUGGCCUCAUAUCAUCAAAGCACAUGGAGCACUGAUGCUGAUAGCCUGGAUGACCACCGGAUCACUGGGAAUGAUGGUUGCCCGAUAUCUGAAAGGAGUGACCAAAAGACAGAACCGGGGCGGCAAAGAUGUCUGGUUUCAGGUCCACGUUGCAGUGAUGAGUGUGACGGUAGCAGCCACUGUCAUCGCCUUCAUCCUCUCCUUCUCAUACGUCCAAGCCUGGUCUGGGGGAGCCCAUCCCGUGUUAGGCUGCCUGGUUAUGAUCCUUUCGUUCCUCCAGCUCAUACUGGCUCUGCUGCGCUGUGGACCACAGCAUCCACGAAGGUUUCUCUUCAACUGGUCACAUGCUUUAAAUGGAGUGUCUAUAAAAGCUUUAGCCGUGGCAGCCAUAUUCACAGGCCUGAAGUUGAUUGACAGCACUGCGGACCAAUGGCUGAUAAAAGUGAUGGGUGGUUUGGUUGGCUGGGAAGCUUUGUUCCUCAUCCUGUUGGAAGUCCAUUUAAAAUGGAAGGAUAACAGUGCAGAUACUUUGGAAUCAAAAAUGAUACCAGUUGAUGGCCUCCUGAUGGCUCUGUUCUUCCUGGGAAACUUUACCUUUUUGGUGACACUUUUGGUUGGAAUCGGGAUGUCGUAAGCAGACGACAACAGAGCAAAAACAACACUUGUCCUUUGUCAACUGGGGUACCUACAUUAGACCCCAGAGGUAUACUUUCUGGCAUAUCUCACAUUUGCUUUACUCUAUCAUUUUAAUUUUAAUAAUUUUUUUUCCUGAUGACUUCAUAUCAUUGUUUUCUGUUUCUGUUUUAAUUAGUGCUUUUUUAAAUAAUGUUAAAUACCAAUGUAUUGGGGUCUUAGGGACCCCAGUCAAAGCAACCUACUGCAGCCUAUGCCGUUUUUUUAGAUAAAAUGUUUGCCAUGGGUACUAAUUUAAAGUAAGACCAACACAGAUGCAGCCGACAGAUUUUCUCAUGUGAUGUCUAUUUUUAUUUUAAAAAAUAUGCAAAUUCUCUUGAGUGUCUUAUUUGCACCUGGGUGAGAAUAGUCACAUGGCAGCUAUCCGGCUUUUUACAUGCUACGCAAUUUAACAAUGGUUAGCUAGCCGAAGGGUUUUCUGCCAGAAAGACCAGGGUUUGACUCCCAUUAAAAGUCUCUUUCUACACUUAGUUGACUUAUUAUUAUUAUUAUUAUUAUUAUUGGUUAGGUUUAG